AUGACACAACUGGAAAUCAGCUAUCAAAGUGAACCAAAACUAAUCAACAACACUUUCGAAGCCUUAGACGACUCUGUCAAAAAUGGCAUUCAAUGUAGAUGGCUUGGUAGGCUGACACAUGCUCAAGCGAGCUUUGGCUUCCAUUUCAAUUGGGAAGAGUUAGCAAAUCAAGGAGCGGACCGUCUAUCAGGAUAUAUCAUUAUCAAGGAGUCCACUAACUCCUUCGCACCACAAAAAACAGAAGUCGACAUUACAAAUACUUCGAUUACCAUGAUGACACCGUUUAGUAUGACUCAACCUUUGAAAUAUGUCUUCAGCUUUGAAUAUUCUUUGACUCCACAUUACAAGGAACUGAAGAAAGUGUCGUAUGAUGAGCUUUUUGCUCCAUCUGACAUGACUGAUGCGGUUCUGGUGGUCGAGGAAAAGAGGAUCCAUGUUAAUAAAGCGUUCCUCUCAAUCCAUUCCGACUAUUUCAAAGUCCUGUUCUCUAAUAAUUUCAAGGAAGGAAGCUUAUCAGAAAUCGAAAUCAAUGACAUCUCCUACGACGACUUCGGACUCCUUUGCAGCAGUUUCUUCCCAAAUCUACAGUUUCCAAAUGAAUUGGGUCGUCGAUUCUUAUUGUCAUAUGUCAUCAGAAUUGUUGAAUAUCAUUUAAUUCACGGUUCAAAAAUUGGAAUUCCAAAAAUGAUAUGGUUGGCUGAUGAAUAUGGAAUGGAGGAGCUUUUGGAGAAGUGUAUCCGUGAGAUGGAUUCAUUGGAGAAGGCCAAACAAUUGAGGGAAUCGGAAGAAUUUGAGAAGCUGUCAGAUACAACUAGAUCUAAACUUUGCGGACGUUUGGCGGCACUUUUGUGA